AUGCAAUCUCAGGAAAUCCACGAAUUACCAAUCUUGCUACCGUACUUGUGGCCGAUCUUCAGUAGCACUAUGCACGGGCCUAGGCUAGUGCGAUGGAUGAGCGCCACAAGCGCCCGAGUGCAACCUACGGUGGGGACGGUGUUCCGUUUGACGAGAACAUUUCGCGAGACCGAUGUUAAACAGUUUGUCGCUCUAACCGGUGACAGCAAUCCAAUCCACGUGUCGGCGAUGAACGACUGUGAGCGCAAAGAGCAGCUGUUCGUGAAUGGAGCCUUCCUGAAUGGCGUCAUUGCGGGAAUCAUUGGUUCCAACUUUCCAGGCUUCGUGGUGACGACGCAGAACUUUCGCUUCCCGAACCGUUGCCAGCUAGACAAGGAGGUGCAGUUCAGUGUCACGGUGGAGGAAAUGCGGAAAAUUGUAACUGUUUCGUACGAAAGCAAACAAAGCGAUCACGUUGUUUUCGAGGGCAUUGCGAAACUGUUUGCGGUGCGGAAAUGGAAACGUUCUACCCUGCUCCGACUGCUUACCAUCCUCGUCCUGAUACGAGCGGCCACGGGUGGAAAGUACUCCCGGUUUCGACUAGCUGACGUGCAGCGCAAUUCAGCCACCAAUGUGCCGUGCACUUGUGCCAUCUUUCUCACCGGGCAGUUUAACCGCUUCAAUCGCACGGAACAGCCGAAAGGAAAUCCUGGAAUACAGCUGGAGCUGAUGCAGCACUUCCCCUGCACCGCUGCGGGCAACAAGCAGUGUGCGAACAAAUGUUUGGACUCGAUCGUGAAGCAUCUGCACAACUCGCAGAACGUCAUCUGCGCCACCAUUGAUCGGGACUGCUUCCGGGAGCGAGCCUACCUGUUCUACCAAAACUGUGCGCCCCGCUGGGUGAACAGUAACCUCUCGGCGGGCAAGGAGUUCUGCUGCCAGAAUGACAAACCGAUGCGAUGCAACCUGAUGGCGGAGCUGAUACGGCAAUCGUUGCUGGAAAACGAGGCCACCAACAACGGCACCACCAGCAGCGGAAGUUCCGACGAGCAAAGCACAGCCAACCGGUGA